AUGAACGAAGAAUUGAGAACAGAAUUCCAGAAACAACAGGAGUCUAUGCUGGAAAAGCUGUCGGCCGUCAUGGAUACGAAAGUGGGCCAGAUGAAGCGUGAGCUGGAAGAAGUGGCCAACAAAGCACAUUCCUCGCAAAUGACAGAACUCAAGCGAAUGAAGUUCUCGGAGCCGCCGUCUUUCAAGAAGAAAGGCCUCGAAGUGCAAUACAAACAUAACGAGCAAGUAAAACUUUGUAUCCCCGAGGCAGAGGACGCAAUGAAACACAAGAAGCUAGACACGUGUCUCGAAGAGCUGGGUGAAGGUAAGGAGCAAAUCGAGUCGAGACAAAAGCUAAUUCUUAAUUCUUACAGAUAAAUCCGAGUAUGGGUGGAAAACCGUAUCAGAAUAUCUCGAUAACGAGCUGGCCGACGAUGAGGAGGACGCCAAAAAGAUUAAGAAAGCCGAAAAAGAGGCCCAAAGAAAGCUUAACGAGACAAGAAAGCAAAGAAAACUCGCGCCAGCAGUCGCGGUGGAUUUUCCUGGUCGCGAAGAGGAUCUUUCAAUGGCGGACGAACCUGGGUUUCCCCGUAUUUAG